AUGGUAUUCACGUUCAAAAAUAAGAAAAAGAAAAAAGAAGCUAGUUCAGAUAAAGUAAGCAAAGAAUCAUUUAAUGAGGAAGAUAAUGAAAAUAAUGAAAAGAGGGAAAAAAGCGAUUCAUGGUAUAAAAAAAUAAUAGAAACUAAAGGAAAAAGUAAAACUAAAUAUAAAAAUGAUAAUUCCUUAGAUGAUAAUAUUAAUGAGGACAUAAUAAAUAAUAAUAAUAAUAAUAAUAAUGAUAAUAAUAAUGAUAACAAUAAUGAUAAUAAUAAUGAUAAUAAUAAUGAUAAUAAUAAUGAUAAUAAUAAUGAGAAUAAUAAUGAUAAUAAUAAUUUUAAUAAUUAUAGCGAUGAAAUAUCAAAAAAUAUUAUACAUAAAGACAAUGAGCUAGAAAACCAGCUUAAGGAUACAUUAAAGUCCAUUAGUUCGUUGUCGAAUAAAAUUGUGAAUUACGAAAGUAAAAUUGAAGAAUUAGAAAAAGAAUUAAAAGAAGUAAAGGAUAAGAAUAUUGAUAAUAAUGAUUAUGAAAAUAAAUUAAAAGAAAAAGAAGAUUUUGUUAAACAAAAAAUUGAUAUGCUAAAUGAAAAAGAAAAUCUUUUACAAGAAAAAGAAUUAGAUAUUAAUAAAAGAGAAAAGAAAAUUAAUGAAAAAGAAAAGAAUAUAAUAAAAAAGGAAGAAACAUUUCAUAAUAUAGAAAAAGAGUAUUUAGAAAAAAAUAAAGAAAGAGAAACGAUUUCUAUAGAAAUUAUAGAUAUUAAAAAACAUCUAGAAAAACUAAAAAUAGAAAUAAAAGAAAAAAAAGAAGAUUUAGAAAAUUUAAAUAAAAAAUUGUUAUCAAAAGAAAAUGUACUAAAAGAAUUAAAAGGAUGUGUUAAGGAAAAAAAUGAAACCAUUAAUUCAUUGAAUGAUAAUAUUAUUGAAAAAGAAAAAAAAUAUAAAUUAUUAGAAUAUGAGUUGGAAGAAAAAAAUAAACAAAUUGAUUUAUUAAACAAACAAGAAAAAGAAAAGGAAAAGGAGAAGGAAAGGGAAAAGGAGAAGGAAAGGGAAAAGGAAAAAGAAAAGGAAUAUGAUACAUUAAUCAAAGAAUUAAAAGAUGAAAAGAUUUCCAUUUUAGAAAAAGUUCAUUCCAUUAAAGUAAGAGAAAUGGAUAUUGAAAAAAGAGAACAUAAUUUCCUUCAUAUGGAAGAUCAAUUAAAAGAUUUAAAAAAUAGUUUUGUAAAGAAUAAUAAUCAAUUAAAAGUAUAUAAAUGUGAAAUAAAGAAUCUUAAAACCGAAUUAGAAAAAAAAGAAAAAGAAUUAAAAGAUAUAGAAAAUGUAUCUAAAGAAGAAAUAAAUAAAUUAAUAAACCAAUUAAAUGAAAAGGAGAAACAAAUUCUUGCGUUUAAUAAAAAUCAUAAAGAAGAAAUUCAUGGAUUGAAAGAAGAAUUAAAAGAAUCUGUGAAAAUAACCAAAAUAGAAACACAAGAGUUACAAGAAAUGGUAGACAUCAAACAAAAAGAGUUAGACCAAUUGCAGGAAAAAUAUAACGCACAAAUAGAAAGUAUAAGCAUCGAAUUAAGUAAAAAAGAGAAGGAAUAUAAUCAAUAUAAAAAUACUUAUAUAGAAGAAAUAAAUAAUUUAAAUGAAAAAUUAGAAGAAACUAAUAAAGAAUAUACGAAUUUACAAAAUAAUUAUACAAAUGAAAUAAAUAUGUUAAAUAAUGAUAUACAUAUGUUAAAUGGCAAUAUAAAAACCAUGAAUACACAAAUAAGUACUUUAAAAAAUGAUGUACAUUUGUUAAAUGAACAAAUAGAUAAAUUAAAUAAUGAAAAGGGUACAUUAAAUAGUAAAAUUAGUGAAUUGAAUGUUCAAAUUAUGGAUUUAAAAGAGGAAAAAGAUUUCUUAAAUAAUCAAAUUGUAGAUUUAAGUAAUCAAAUUGAUUUGUUAACAAGAAAAAUGGAAGAGAAGGAAAAUAAAAUGUUGGAACAGGAGAAUAAGUAUAAACAAGAGAUGGAACUCUUAAGGGGGAAUAUAAAAAGUUCUGAGAAUAUUUUAAACAAUGACGAAGAGGUGUGUGAUUUAAAAAGGAAAUUAAGUUUGAAGGAAAGUGAAAUGAAAAUGAUGAAGGAGGAACAUGAUAAGAAGUUGGCUGAGUUGAAAGAUGAUUGUGAUGUGAGGAUACGGGAGAUGAAUGAAAAGAAUGAAGAUAAAAUUAAUAUGUUAAAGGAAGAAUAUGAAGAUAAAAUUAAUACGUUGAAGGAACAAAAUGAAGAUAAAAUUAAUACGUUAAAGGAACAAAAUGAAGAUAAAAUUAAUACAUUGAAAGAAGAGUAUGAACAUAAAAUUAAUACGAUGAAGGAAGAAUAUGAACAUAAAAUUAAUACGUUGAAUGAACAAAAUGAACAUAAAAUUAAUACGUUGAAUGAACAAAAUGAACAUAAAAUUAAUACGAUGAAGGAAGAAUAUGAAGAUAAAAUGAACACGUUGAAUGAACAAAAUGAAGAUAAAAUGAAUUCGUUGAAGGAAGAGUAUGAAAAUAAGAUAAAUCAAAUUAAUAGUAAUAAUGAAAUAAAAAUAAAAGAUGUAGUGAAUGAAUAUAUUGAAGAAGUGGACAAAUUAAAAGUUACUUUGGAUGAAAAAAAAAAACAAUUUGAUAAAGAAAUAAAUUACGCACAUAUCAAAGCUCAUGAAAAGGAGCAAAUAUUAUUAACAGAAAUGGAAGAAUUAAAAUGUCAGAGGGAUAAUAAAUAUUCAGAUUUAUAUGAGAAAUAUAUUAAACUAAUAAAAAGUAUUUGUAUGAUAAUUAACAUUGAAUGUUGUGAUGAUAUAGAAAAUGAAGAUAUUAUAAGAAGAAUUGAAGAAUAUAUAAAUAAUAACAAAGGCUUGAAAAAAGAAGUAGAAGAAAAAGAACAUAAAAGACAUUCCUCCUUUAAUAUUUUAAAAAGUAAAGAAAAGUUUUUUAAAAAUAGCAUAGAAGAUAAAAGUCAUGAAUUAAAAAAAAAACAUGAAAAAGAUUUAUUAUCAAAAGAUAAAGAAAUUGAAGAAAAGAAUAAAAAAAUAAAAGAACUGAAUAAUGAUAUAAAAAAGUUACAAGAUGAAAUAUUAGUAUAUAAAAAACAAAGUAAUGCACAACAAGUAGAUCAUAAAAAGAAAAGUUGGAUUCUUCUUAAAGAUAAAUCUAAAGAGAAAAUAAAAGAUAAAGAAAAUCAAAUAAAUGUAGAAAAAAAUGAAGAAAAGGAUUUAAAAAAAAAAGAUGAUGAAAUAAGAAUUUUAAAUGAAGAACUUGUAAAAUAUAAAACAAUUUUAUAUAAUUUAAAAAAAGAUCCAUUAUUACAAAAUCAAGAUUUAUUAUCAAAAAUUGACAUAAAUUCUUUAACAAUAAAUGAAGGAAUGUGUGUAGAUAAAAUAGAAGAGCACAUUUUGGAUUAUGAUGAAGAAAUAAAUAAAAGCAGAUCUAAUUUGUUUCAACUAAAAAAUGAAAUAUGUUCUUUAACAACUGAGGUUAUGGAACUUAAUAAUAAGAAAAAUGAAUUAAUUGAAGAAAAUAAUAAAUUAAAUUUAGUAGAUCAAGGAAAGAAGAAAUUAAAAAAGGAUGUGGAAAAACAAAAAAAAGAAAUAGAGAAAUUAAAUAAACAAUUAACAAAAUGUAAUAAACAAAUAGAUGAAUUAAAUGAAGAAGUGGAAAAAUUAAAUAAUGAAAAUAUUGAAUUAAUUACAUAUUCAAAUGAUUUAAAUAACAAAUUUGAUAUGAAAGAAAAUAAUCUUAUGAUGAAAUUAGAUGAAAAUGAAGAUAAUAUAAAGAAAAUGAAAAGUAAAAUUGAUGAUAUGGAAAAAGAAAUAAAAUAUAGAGAAGAUGAAAAAAAAAGAAAUUUAAAUGAAAUUAAUAAUUUAAAGAAAAAGAAUGAAGAUAUGUGUAUUAAAUAUAAUGAAAUGAAUAUUAAGUAUGGAGAUAUUUGUGUAAAAUAUGAAGAAAUGUCUCUUACGUAUAAAGAAACAUCUCUUAAAUAUGAGCAAAUUAAAGUGAAAUAUGAUGAAAAGUGUUCUCAAUAUGACGAAAUACGUUUUCAAUAUGAUGAGAAAUGUUUUCAAUAUGAUGAGAUAAAUAAGAAAUAUGGUGCUUUAUUAAAUAUAAAUAUUACUAAUAAAAUGGUUGAUUCAAAAGUGGAUAGAAAUAAUAAUGAAAUAAUUUCAGUAGAUAAUAAAGUAGAAGGAAUUGCGAAUUAUUUAAAACAAAUAUUUGAAUUAAAUGAAGAGAUCAUACGAUUAAAAGGAGAAAUAAAUAAAAUUAGCUUAUUAUAUAGUAAUGAAUUAAAUGAGAAAAAUAGUUAUGAUAUAAACAUGAAACAUAUACAAGAACAAUUACUUUUUUUGGAAAAGACAAAUAAAGAAAAUGAAGAAAAAAUAAUUAAUUUGACUAGCCAAUAUUCUGAUGCAUACAAGAAGAAGAGUGAUGAAUCUAAAUUAUGUGGUGCACAGUUUGUUGAUGAUGUUAAUAUAUAUGGAAAUAUAUCAAAUAAUAAUAUAAGAACAAAUGAAUAUAAAUAUGAAGAGAUGUUUGAUACGAAUAUAGAAGAGAAGAAUGGUAUGCAUUUAUCUAAGUAUAUUCAUCUAUUAGAAGAAAAUAAAUUUCGAUGUAUGAAAAUAAUUUAUGAAAAUGAAAAUAUAAAAAGUAGUAAUAAAAUAAUUGGAUUGUAUAAUUAUUCAAGGUAUUAUGGGUUAAGAGAAGAUUUGUGUAAAGAAGAAAUCGUUCCUUCAAAAAUAGGAAAUAUAUCUAAUAAAAAUGAAAAUAAUAAUAAGAAGAACAACACUUGUGAUGGUUAUGAUGAGAAGGUUACAAUAGUUUUAUGCAUUAUAUUAAAUGAAAUAAUAAAAUUUUUAUUUUUAAAUGACGAAUAUGUAUUAUUAUUUGAAAAGAUUCAUAAAAAUGUUUGGAAACGAAUGUAUAUCCCAGAAGAAAUAAAAUUUUUUAUCCUAAAAUAUAUUACGCUGUUAAAUAACUUGAGAGAUUAUAUAAUAAGUGUACAUAAUAAUAUGAAAAAUGAGAAAUAUGAUGAAUGUUGGUUUUUAUUUCAACAUUAUUUUGAAAGAUCGAGUGAUGUAAGAAAAGAGAUGGUUCAUUUCUUAUUAGAAAGAAAGAGUCAAGAAAAUUUAAUAUCUUUUAAAAGUAAAUUAAAAAGUAAAAAAGAAAAAAUAUUAACAAUGGACAUAUUGAAUUUUAGUAAAGAACAUAUGCAAUUAAAAACCAUAGCUCAUCUAAGAAAAGAAAUAAAUUAUGAAAAACUUUCUAAGGAUACCUUAAAUAGAGAUUAUAAUUUAUUAUUAUAUAAAUAUCAAGAAUGUGUAAGUAAAUUAAAAAGGGUAAAAAAUUUAAUGAAAGAAAUAAAUCAAAAUGUAUUUAUAGAAAAAUAUGAUGAUAUAAGUAAAGAAUUAGAUAAUUUUUCAGAUGGAUAUAAUGAACAAAAUGAACAACAUGUAAUGGAUCCUAUUUUAUUAAAUAAUAAUAAAAACAAAAAUAACAAAUUGAUAACUGAACAUAAUAAUCCUAUAAUUAAUAGGCUAACUAAUUUUACACAAAACAGAGAUUCAAAAUAUAAAAAUAAAAUAAUGGAUGAUGUAAAACAAAGAAAAAUAAAUAGUACAAUGAAUAAUACAAAUAAAAAUGGUAUUAAUAUUAUAUAUAAUCAUUAUGAAAAUUUAAAUAAACCAAACUAUAAUGAUAAUAUAAAUAGAUUAAAUUCAUAUCAUCAAAAUAUACAUAUUGCUAAUUCAAUUCAUCCUAAUAGAAAUCAAAAUAAAAGUUUUCUUACGAAUCAAGCAAAUAGUACAUAUAGUGUUAUGAAAAAUUAUAUAAAUUCAGAUAAACCAAAUUUAAAUGGAAAAAAGAGUGUAAGAAAUAUUUUUAAUGAAAUUGUCGAUGAAAAUGUAAAUAAAACGUUUGUUCAUAAAAGUGUAUUUUUUUAA